AUGGUAAACGUUGAAGAAAGUGUCAACUUCCCAACAGAAUUUCUAAACUGUUUGCAAGUACCAGGAAUGCCAUUACACUGCCUUCGACUGAAAAUUGGAUCUCCGAUCAUACUACUCAGAAAUCUGAACUCACCAAAACUAUGUAAUGGAACAGAGAUGAUCGUCAAACAGCUAUUGAAUAACAUCAUCGAAGCCGAACUUAUGACUAGAAAGGACAAAGGACACAGAGAGGCCAACUAUCUAGUGGGCAGGUGGCUAACAGCCCAGAACCGAUCCUGGAUAGAAUUGGAAGUCUUAUGUACGUGUAUAGCUUCCACCCAAGUUCCUAGGCUUCCACCAGGUAAACCAGAAAAAACAAGGGAAGCUGCGCUUCCUCCUCUUGGAAUGACGGCAAGCCACUGUUAUAUACCCCCACCAAUCGAUAACUUUUCUUAUCGUUCUCCUAAUGCACAUUUAAGCUGCAAAAUGAAAUUGGAUUGCUUAAGAAGAAUUUUUUGCCGUAUUUUUAAAAAAUUAGGAAAAACGGUUGGACGGCAUCCAUAUUACUUUAUAAUUUUACCGAUAAUUCUGUCAAUUACACUCUCCAUAUUUAUCAGAACAUUAACUACUAGUAAGACAUUUAACGAUAUAAUAACUCCCGACACAGGAAAUCUUUUUACAGUGAAAAAAUUUUUAGAGAAUACAUUCUCAUUUAACUCAUCUCAAUUUUCUGAUCAGCUAAGAACUCCUGAUUUACCAAAUACUCUGGCAAUAUACCUGUUGAAAAAAGACGAAGGAAACAUGUUUGAGAAAAAUAUACUUUCAGAAGUGAAAUUGGUCGACGAAAUCAUACAAAAUAUACAAUUAGAAACUGACGGAAAGACAAUACAAUAUACAGAUCUCUGCACACGUAUAGACAAAAAAUGCUUUGAAAAUCCUAUUAUCGAAGUGAUUUCUGAAGCUGGAAUUGAUUCCAUACUACAAAAGAGAAAGAAGCUAAAAUACCCUGUAGAUAUAGAUCUCUUGUCUUUCACUUAUAAAGCCUAUUUUAUGAAUUUAGGGGGUGUUACAGAAGAUUAUCACAACUACGUAGAAAAAGUAAAUGCCGUUUUGUUAGUAUAUGCAACUGACGAUAAAAAUGAAUUAAAAAACAAAUUAUUUAUAAAAUGGUCAGCUCAUGUUUAUGACACAAUUCAAAAAUAUAAUUUCACGUAUAUCAAAGCUGUUCCAAGUUCUGUUCCAAUGAUAGAGCAAGAGUUUCGAAAAGAAUUUGAUAGAACGAAACCAAAAAUUGGAGGUUUGGUCGCAGUUAUGAUUGUCCUUUCGAUAUUUCUCAAUAUGAGCAAUAGCUGGGUGAAAAGCAAACUUCUUCUUGGAUUAGUAAGUGUGAUCAACGCUGGUUUGGCUGUAUCGUCGUCUUUCGGAUUAAUGGCUGCAUCGGGUGUUGAGUUCACUUAUUGGAAUGCUACAAUUCCAUUCUUAGUUCUUGUUACCGAGAUAGAUGAUGCUUUCGUAUUAAUAGCAUGUUGGAGAAUCACUAAUCCCAAACAUUCAGUUGAAAAACGCAUGGAAGUAACAUACGGAGAAGCAGGAGUUUCUAUUACUUUGACUUCACUCACUAAUUUCAUUUCGUAUUGCAUCGGGAUGAUGGCUCCAUUUCCUUUCAUUCGAAUAUUCAGUUAUUAUACUGCAACUUGUGUCGUUUUGAAUUUUGUAUAUCAGAUAACGUUUUUCGGGGGAUGCUUGGCUUUGAGUGGAUAUAAAGAAGAGCGUAAUCUUCAUUUCAAAAAAUUUGUUAGAUGUGAACAAAAUGAUGAAGAUAACCAGAAUAAUAACGCCAAAGAAGAAGAAUUUACUAUGGCACAUUUUAGAGAUUCAUUAGGAAAGAUAAUUUCCAAUCCAAUAGUAAAGAUAAGUAUUAUUAUAAUUUACAUCAUUAACUUAUCCUUUGGAAUAUGGGGCACAUUUCACAUGGAACAUGGUAUUAAGUAUGAACGUUUAUUUGCAAAAGACUCUAUAAUUACAGAAGGGCACAGUAUUGGUCUAAAGUACUUUAGACGUUAUUCAUAUCCGUUUCACAUUAUUAUUAAUGAAACGUUGGAUUACUCAGAUAUAAAUGUACAAAAAUCGAUAGAAAAACUGUUGACAAAAUUCGAGAAACAUCCAAAUAUUGCCGGAGAAGAAUUCACUGUGUCUUGGUUGAAAUUCUACAAAGAAUUUCAGAAAAGUCCUGUAGCAAAAUUUUCAUUACAAGGCUACAAUAUGUCAAACAAGCAGGACUUUAUCGAUGGACUUCGCGAUGUGUUCUUUAAUAUCCGAGCUGCUCAAUCACUGUCUAAUGACAUCGUCUUUAAUAACAACAAAACUGACAUCUUAUUCAGUAGAUUUUUUAUUAUGGGAAAAAAUUUGAAUACUUCAUACGCAGAAAGAGAUACAUUAAGAGAUUUAUUUAGAAUUGCUGACGAAUUCGACACUCCUGUACUUGUGCAUUGUAUUUUUGCAGGUCUUAUCGAGCAAGGAAUCAUCAUUGGAGAAAUGAUUCAACAAUUAUUUUGGAUUACUGCCAUAUUAAUAACAUUAGUUUUUUUACUGUUUGUACCGAAUUUACUAGUCGCAAUUACUGUUGCAAUAUCUGUCGUAUCUGCAAUGGUAGAAACAUUAGGUUAUAUGUCGUUUUGGGGAAUCAACUUGGAUAUUAUAUCAAUGAUGAGUCUUAUUCUGUGUGUGGGAUUCAGCGUAAACUAUCCUGCUCAUGUUUCUUAUGCUUAUGUCACCUCACAAUGCAAAACACCAAACGAAAAAUUAAAAGAUUGUCUGUAUCGUAUUGGUUUUCCAAUACUUCAAGGAUCAUUGACCACGGGAAUAGGAAUAUUGAUUUUAUAUUCUGAUGUAUAUUUUCUUUGCACAUUUGCGAAAAUUGUAAUACUUGUUGCUAUGGAAACGGCUUUUCAUGCUUUGCUUUUUAUUCCUGUUAUUCUUUCUAUCGUUUAUGCUAUUUUCAAUAAUUGA